AGUGUGGGAGGUUCAUCGGUCAGCAAUACAUGUUGGCUGAACUAACUCCACAUUUGUAUUGUGUUUGUGGCUAAAGGCUAAAGUGUGGGAUUUUUUUUUUUCAAGUGGCAACGUGUCGGUUCGCGCCCUGCCUAGUCGCGAGAAGUUGCAACUGUCGCCUGGAGGUUACUGCUGUGGCUGGGCACCACGGCGGGCAAGGACUAGGUUCCGCCGAGUCAGCACCAGCUGAUACAUGAGAUGAUAAUCCACAGAAAACGACCUGCCAUGCUGAGAGGGAGACCUAUAUCCUCGCUCUCCCUGGGAAUGGUGUUAUGUGCUGUGUUACUCCUCAACAUUGGUUCUUCCAGCGCUCUGGCUGCUACAACAUGUCAAGGUAUGAAGAUCGAGAGCAUAGUUCAUAACUGGACCACAGAAGAAAGCAUAGAAGUGAAAAUAUGUCUCAGCUGUGGACAGAAGCUAGAGGAGUCACCCUUGACCCAGUAUGACCUCCUUAUAACCAAUGACCUUGGGAGAGCCUGGCGUACGAGGGGAGUAUCAGAGAAAUCGAAUCGUCGCCUUUGCUUUCCUGGGGUGACUCUGGAAAAGGAGGAUUUAGCCAAAAUAUUAACCUACACGGUCACAGGAAGUAAAGACAGUGGGCUGAUUGAAGAGGUGGAAACGUUCUUAAUUGUUCCCAAGAUAACCCCCAUGAGCCAAGACAUCUACGAAAUAUGCUGGGAGAACCCCGGGGAUCUCACAUUCUUUCUCAAGCAAGAGGAGCGUCAGACGCAGCAGACCGCCCCUUUCACCUGUGAGCACUGUUGCCGAUACCUUAUCUCGCAGAGUCCAGGCGACCUCGUGACCCUGGAAACAGCUGGUACGAAAGGCUCCCUCGUCAGACAGCUGGUGCAAGUCCGCCUGCCUGAAAACUUCGCUGGAAAUCGAGCAAAAUUCUCAGACAGCCUUAUCAUCAAAGAGCUCCACAAGGUAUCCAGAGACGACGACCCGAUCGGAAGAAAACAGAACGUGAAGGUUUUCUUGGAUCCUGACCAACCACCCGAGGCAGACUAUUUCACGUUAACCAUUGUGGCCAACGGAAUCCAGAAAGUGUAUCCCCUUUAUAAAAAACAUAACGCUACGGUGAUAGAGUUCGAAGGGAAUUUCGUAGAUUCGAACUUUAUCAACAUAAAAGCUGAGAAGGACGGCACAACGACGGGGUUUGGCAGCGUGAUACAGGAUAUAGUAGACCCGGGUUCUAGGGUGGCGUGGGUAGGGGACGCCAGCGCCACGUCCCUGAGGGUGGAUCCAGGGACGCGAGACCAGGUGGACGUCCCUGGAAAGAGUCCCUGCACGGGAGGCUCUGGCCCUUGCUACUACAUCGACCAGAGCGCCCCCCCGCCCCCCCUCUGCGACGACCUUCCCAAGAUCAAAUUCUGCGACGCCGUUGUGUCGAAAGUGCAGAACCCGGCCGACGUCCCGGCCCUGGAGCUCCGCAACCGGCAGGAGCUGCGAGUGCAGCAGCCCCGGCCCGACGGAGCGUGGACUGAGGUCGUGGUCUCCAGCGCGCGGGACGACUCCAUCCUGUCUCCCGACGGCUUCGGCUGCGACGACCUGGGCCACGGCAUGUGCUCGCAGCCUGUGGCCGUCGCCGACGACCUGGACGGUUUCGACGCGACGCUCGUCGUGCUGGGCGACGACGGCUACGUCACGGCGUCGCUCGCUGUGCCCUUCGAAGUGCACGGCGUUGCCGCGCUCUCCCUCUCCUCGGACGUCGUGCAAGUGGAGGUCGACCCUCGAUCGGGGGGCACGUACGAGGUCACGCUGCCCGGCCUCUCGUCCCCUCCUGCGGCCACUCUGGAGUGUCAAGCUGAGUCACCGUGUCGCGUCUGGUUCGCCGAAGUGCACUCGCCCCCCUCAGUGAGCGUCAGGAAGGAAUCCAAUACCAUUUAUGAGGAUAUAUUAGGCCCGCCUCCUCCGUCGUCCCGAGUCGAGCGCCUCACCUCGCGCGACGCCGACGCCAGCACAGACGUCGAGGUGGCGAGCAGUAGACCCGUGACCCGAGCCGACCUCGUGACCUUCUCGGACGACGUCGCCACGGACGCCGACUGCGAAAGCCUCGCGGCGACGUCCUUGGAGUCCGGCUACUCGGUGGCCGCAGCCUCGCGCGGCGCAGGAGAGUGGAACUUCGUGGUCGUGGGUUACGGCGACGGCGACGCCCCGCUGGAGGCCGGCCGAGCGAAGGUGACCCUAUCAGACAUGGACUCGCGGGUGGGCGUGGUGGGCGCCGCCCGGGGCUCCCCAGACGCUUCUGUCAGGGUCGACGUCGGGAGCCUAGAUGGCGUUGAUGUCGAGGGCGUCGGGUCGUGCGCGAAGGCUGACAGUCCCUGCUACUUCCUGACGGAGGCGCUGACGGCGGGCACUCUCAGGCACUGCGUCACCAUCGCCAAUUCGGCAGGAGGCGGGAGCGGUGAUGUCGAUCAGUGUGACGCGUCUUUCACGCCCUUCAAACAGAUGGCCCAAGAACCAAUGUUAGAGCUGGUCGACAGAACUAUCCUGAAGGUUACUCCAGAGAAGUUGAAUUUCCAUUCCCUUGAGGUGGUGGUUUUCAACCCGCAGACUGAUGACCUUCUGAGUAAACCAAGUCCGUUGUGCACUCCAGAGCCCGACGGAUCCUGUAUUCAAGAGGUGGACAUUACAGAAGGACUCAUGGACUUCAAGGUGCUUGUAGUGGAGGUAGACGCGGAAGGACAAACACAAGAGUCUGUUCUCUCUCCUUUCUAUGACUUCAUGACCCGCGUCCAGCACUUCAACAACGGCAAUGACCUCGAAGUCCGGUGGCGAACCUCCAAGGAGCAGACCUUCAGCAUCAGCAUUGAGGACGAUGUCUCAGGUGGCUUCACAAAGACGUCCAUGACAUGUGGACAGGACCUUAGGACAUGCAAAGCUUAUUUCACCAAGUUAAGUACAGAGGUGGCUCAUAAGGUGAAAGUGACGAAAGAUAAGACAACCAUGUCGGUCUCCGUUCAGCCAAGCCAAGAUACCACGACGUCCCUUUCCAUUACACGAAUCUCCAAGGUCUCAACACUGCAUCCUCAAGCGCAGCUGACAAUCUCGUCCGACAUAGACGUCGAAGGGGUGAAGUACCUCGAGUACGUGGUGAUCGAACCCCCUGUUGGCAACGAUAUUGUUCAACACAUUGCCUUCGCAGACUUCGAUGACGUCAUACACACAGGCAACAUCAUAACAUUCGAAGACGUAGAAGCGCCGAAGUUGGGCGUCGAAGUGACGGUGAUGGUCAUUGCGCACACAGGCGACGGCGUGGACUCGGACGCCCUGGCCUUCGGGAAGGAAUUGGCCAUUUUUGAAGGUAUCAAGCUCCCAAUCAUGACGAAAGUGGGAGCAGAAGCAUUCCAGUCCCUCAAAGUGGAGACGGGAGAAAUGGCAGUCAAAGUGAACGGUUUCCUGUGUGCAGCCAGCACAAUCUGCUACAAUCUGGAGCCACGAAAUAUCCUGGAGCCUCCCGAAGUCUGCAGGAUGGCCAACCCAACCCUCGAGCAGUGUGACAUGACGGCAGUAUACGUACAGCCAGAGGCUCUGACCGAUCCGUCGGUUCAACUGAGCUUCACCGGUGCGCCUGAGGAGGACCUGACUGUCGCCGCUGAUUUUUCCGAAACGUCGCUCACAGUGGAAGCGAAACUCUACACAAGCUCGGGGGAUCUGACACCGGAGCCGCUAACCUGUGACAUCACCGGCCAAUCGCCGAAGGUCUGCACAUUCAAGGUUGAGCCAAAUGUGACGGAAUUUAAGAUUUUGCUGAUGGUAUUAGAUGCUCAAGCGACUGUGGUACAGUCACAUGUCGUGGAAUUUGAAGAUUUCCAAACUCGAAUUCGACAAGUGACGUCAGACGCCAUCGAAGUCCGUUGGCGAGCCUCACAGAAACAGGAAUACGACGUCGAAAUCUUUCCCGAAAUCGAAGGCAGCUUCAGCAACACUUCAGUGCCAUGUGGAGGUGAAGCGCCUGAAGACAGCGACCUCUGUCUGGCUUACUUCGUGGCGUUAGACUCGACUGAGAAUUAUACGGCCAGCGUGAGAUCGAGAGGCAGCGAGAAGAGGGUGUUGGCGGUCGCGCAGAUGGCGGCUCGCGUGGAAACAUUAAAUAUAACGGAGCUGACCCUCGUCAAGACUGAAGACACGAGAACAGAGCUCAACGCGUGCUUUAUCGAGAGCCAACCGGCGGAAAACGAGACUCAGAUGGGAAAGAAAAACCUGUACAAGUUAGUGGCGGUGGAUGCCUCUGGCCGACAGAUACGGAUGACGUCGAAUUCCUUGCUCGCAUCCUUCUCCGUCGUCGAGGGGAAGCUGUGUCUCGGUCCGCUCCUUCUUGACUUCGACUUCGACUUGAGUGACAAGGCCCGGAUUCUCGUGACGCAGGAGGACCUCGAUACUCACGAAGUCGCAGCUGGAGACGUUGAGGUUUUCCUUUUGGACCAAGUGGACGUGAGGCAAGUGGGCUCGAAGACCUUGCGGGUGAAGUGGACCAACAACAACGAGGCCCCCAGCUUCGACGUCUGGAUUGGCGUCGACGACCUCUCCUCCGUGGAGUGUGGCGCGGGAAAGGACGCCGGAGGAGAGUGCAUGCGAUAUCUCCACGUGGAAGGCACAAGCAAGCAGGUCACGGUUACGUUGAGGGAGAUUGGGCUUAGUGUGGACCAGCAGGUGGAGGUUGCACUUACACUGAAGGAUUUUGAAGACAUACAAAUAACCAAGACGGAUUUAACUUGGGACGAUCGCCUGCGCGUGUGUUUUGAGUUCAACUCCGCGGAUUCGCUUUACCUCCUGGCUUUGGAGGACAAGGAGGGCGACGUUCAGGAGGACCCCCAGCUUCGCCCCUACAAUGAGGAGGGCCUCACCUGCGUGUUAAGUAACGACGCGGUACAGGCAGAAGGAUACUUGUCCUUAUGGACUCUCCUAACAGCCUUCGACGUCUCUGGCGAAGUAGUGCAAGCCUCUGGGAAUACCUAUGUCACCGACUUUUUCUUGAGCCCCAAAAGAAGAGUCAACGCGGCCUUGAACGCCAACACCCACGACCUCCUCGCGUCGUGGUUUCUCUUCAGCGACCCCAGAGCCAUCAGCUCUUACGACGUGACGCUCGAGGAGACCACAGCAGAUGGCAGGAACGAGCUGGUGACUCUAGGAAAUACCGAAUCGUCCCAUGUCUUCAACGGCACGACGGCAGGACGCUACGCUGUGUGCGUCGUGGCAUCUGUGAAGGAAAAUAACGUGACCAGCCAAAAAGUGUGCAGUGCUAUUCUUUCCAUACUUCAGUCGGAUGUCGUAGUUCCCGAUAUCAAGAAUAUGGAGCUGAAAUCCUCUGGGCUGAACAAGGUCCUCGUGACAUGGCAGAAACCCCAAGGGGAUGUCGACAGCUACGUCAUUACGUGGACGAAGAGCACCUUCUCCCAGAGGUCUCCCUCUUCCUCCUCGCCAUCAUCAUCGUCUUCCUCCUCCUCCUCCUCCUCCUCUUCUUCUUCUUCUUCCUCCUCCUCCCUGCCCCAGCCUCUUGGCUUAAGAAAAACGACCAAUGCACUUGCUCACAAGGACCAAGACCUGAAUUUCCAAGUCGUUCCAGCAUCGACCCACAUCUUAGAAGUUGCAGUCGUGGCUUCUCAGGGGCACACAAUCUGCGUCAGUUCGGUCAAGAGCGACGUGAUGGGGAACCCGGCGUGCAGAGGAAUAGAUCAAGGGGCCUACCAGCCACUCGACCUCCCGAAGGACCUGGUCCAUGAGAACGAGGCGCUCCACUGGGCUGCCGUCCCCGGGGCUGCGACCUACCAGGUGGAGUGGCGACCUCGCUACGAAGACAGCCUCUCGGAAGGAGGUCUGGAGGAGGUCACCGGCACGACCUGGCCGACGCAGGACCUCUCUCCGGGGUCGUGGGUGGUGGAGGUCAGGGCGGCCUCGGAGACGAGUGUGAGCGAGGCCGCGAGCAUCAGGAUAUCGAAAAUUGGAAUCGAGGUCGGCCAAGCGACGCAGACGAGGAACAGCCAACUGGAGGUCAGCUGGUGGGAAGAGCCCGUUCCCUCCUGCGCACAAACCCCCUGCAAGUACACCAUUACCCUUUUUAAAACUAAGAACAACUACAUACACUACUGUUCUGGACGAAAAGGAGACUGCAAGAAGCUGCUGGACGUGGAAGGAGCGACGGAAAUCGCGGUGGAGGUGGAGAGAGAAGCGUCGUCGAGUUUGGCGAGACCGAGAGUCUACGCGUUCAAGGGCAUGGCCGAACUGCGCCAGAGCUUCUCCUCAGGCGGCGAGACGGUGACGCUGUCGUGGGCGCCGACGGAGGGCGCCGAGAUGUACAACGUGACCCUGUUCGCCGACGCCACCUUGGCCUCCGUCAGGCGGGCUGAGAUGAUCAGCCGGGAGGCAUAUAUUUUGAAGGGAAGUGAUCUGGUCGGUAACGUGUUCCAAGUUCAACCCUGCGCAGAUAAAUACCAUUGCGGCGACCCUAGGAAUACCACACUACAGGAGACUUCAGAUCAGUCCCCGAGAGACGACACAGCUGUCAUCCUCGUCUCAGUCAUUGGCGGAGUCAUGGCGGUCAUCAUCAUUGUCGGCUUGGUGGCACUUGCUCUGAAUAAGACCAAAAAGGAUAAAGAAAGAGAUAAGAUGCGUCAACAGGAAAAAGAGGCAAUAUCGUUCCCGGUUUACAACGAGUGGGGGGCGAGGCCUCUCGGUCGAGCGGCACAACCGCCUCCUCAGGCCCCGGCCCACAAUGCCAUGCCAAGUUAUAUGGGUCACCAGCCAGGUCAAGUGCCACAGAGAAGAUUCUAGUAGACAACCGGGAGUACCGAGCACAUACGUCCAUUUUUUAAAAAUAUAUUUCCAAACGAUACAAGUCGAAUAUCACCUUUAUAGAAAAAAGGUUUCCUAUUGUUUACACUGAACUGGUGUUUUCCCACCGAUUCAGUGUUAUAGUCAUAGGUGUAAGAAAGUCUCUCUGAACAAAGUAAAGUCACUUAAAAAGUAUUAAUUAUCUUCGUAGAUUGGUCUAAGUAAUAUAAAAAAAAGCCAACCUACUAUGUACUAUCGGGGAAUGAGCAGUCGUCAGUAUACAGUUAUUAUGCAAUUAAUUUAACAUUGUAGGUCUUCCUGGGCCCCUGUGUAGAAAUUUUCAGGUAUUCACUUGUAUCGCAAUUUUAACAUAAGUGUCAUAUUUAUGUCGUCAUGUUAUGAAAGUUAGAUGUAUUUUCAUUUGCUAGAGUGAGUGGAAAGCAAAUCGUAUAAAACAGACAGUAUAUAUGAUAGUGUAUACAGUGUCCAUAGAUGUGUGUUCAUAUGCACAAACACAUGCACGCACACUUACAUACAUAUUGUACCUAUUAUAUACAAUACCUAUACACUUAAUUUCACGAAAAAAAUGUGUCAUUGGUGAUAACUGUACUUUAAUGUAUUAUUACUUAGAUGUGGCAAUUUCCUUGCAAAAUUAGGUGCAAAAUUGUACUUAGGUUAAUUAGCAAUAUAAAUUUAAUUAUUAUAGAAAAUCGUAACAUUUUAUAAUAAAUAUUUCGUCACACGG